AUGACAACAAAAUGGGAAGAUUAUUUCUGCUAUGGCGCAUUUUUCUAUCUCCUCUUCAUUCUUUGGGAAUUGUUCCUCUCGGCAGUUUUUCGAUUAAUCCGAAAAACCUACGACUCCGAGAAUGAAAAGUGAGUUUUUUCUUUGUUUUUUUUUUCAAAUUCAAAUAAAAUAUAUUGACAAGCUUUUCAGGAAAGCCUACAAAACUCAACGUCGUGCCAUCACCAAACGCCAGCAAUACAAACAUUCGCUCGACAAAGAAUUGGACGAUUUGAGCGAAGAGGAUUGGAUUCAUAUGACGAAUGAGGAUUUUCAAAGUUAUUGGGAAAUGUAUGAAGAAAAUUGUCAGGAAGGCAUCGAAUCGUAUGAUAAGAUUUUGAAAUGGUGUUUGUUUUGA